UGAAAAUACGACUGAAGAUGGUAUUACCCAUGAUACUACGAAUCAAAAAAUUAGUUGAAAAGUUCCCUUAUUGUUUUGGGACAUUUUUGUGAAAUCGAAACAUUUUGAAUUGUAAACAAUAGUUGAACUUGCAUCGACAUCAUAUAGUCGGGCCGAUUGUCGAAUGCGUACGUAACGUUUCCAUGGUUCCUUGAUACUCUAACAACGCACGCCAAUGGGCAAAAAAGAUGAGAAAGGUAAGGCGAAAGCCAAGAGUCCCAAACCGGAUGCUCCGGAAAUCCCAGACAUCCCGAUAGGACGUCCCAACGCUUUCGAACUCAUUCGCCGCAAACUCAAGCGGGAGAAAAGCGCCCGCACCGCAAGUUGGCUGCUUUUUCCGGACGUACCCACCUGCACCAAGGAGCUCGGUCUCGAUGAACCGAAGGCCAAAGGGAAGAAGGGCGGAACUUCCGCUCCCGUGGAGAAGGCUCCACCGCCUCGUUCCGUCGCUUCUGAGAUGCGCUCGCGAGUCCUAACCCCAGUUAGCGACAGUGAUGAGGCCAAACGCAAAGUGGUGCUAUUCAAUUUGAAUAUGAAGGAGUACGAUGUGAAGCCGGAAGAGGAAGCUUGGGUGGAGGGCGAGCAUCUGGGAGAUACGGAUCCCGAAAGCGAGGGGUCGGUCAAGAAGUACGUAACGGAUAUUAGACAGUUGGCACGCUUCCGGGAGAUGUACGAGGCGCCGGGGAAGCGGCGUGGAGAAGGCAGGGCGGCGGAAAGGUCACGCGGUUCCAAAGGGACGCUGCCGACGUUGGAAGGUAGACGGGCGUCGAUCAAAAGCAAAUAAAUGAAUACAUUGUCGGCAAAUUUAUGGUGAUGAAAAGCUGGGCUUCAAGCUGUUUUGCCAGACUAAAAAAUUGCACGUUUACUUUAAACAAACAUUUAUCAUAAAAAAGCAAAGCGCAAGGACAUACAUAUACAGAACCACCAAGUAAGCGUAAAAUUCAUCAAAACUUUCGUUCUGCCAAAGACAAAGCACCACACUGUACUAAUAAAAAGUUGAAAUGUUAUGUUUGGUCGAAAACGAUGGAAAAGAGCCGUCUAUUAAAUGCAUACCCUUUAUGGUUAACCUUUGUUUGGUUUGGUACUAUUCGGCAACUGCAGCAUCUUCCCCACCGGCAAAAACUCAUAAGUAAACAACACAUCAUACAGAUCCACCAUGGUGGUGUACAUUUUGGCGGCGUAGUAGGCCUCCCGAUCCGGGCAAUACAUGUCCAGCCGGCACACCGGGCAAGAGAACUCCCGACUAAUGUGGAUCCAAUGCAGGAUGCAGUGGGUGUGGAAGACAUGUCGGCAUGGUGCCAUGAAACAUCGGUCGCACCGCUCGAAAAACUCCAAACACACACUACAGAUCUCCCUCUCUAGCGGCUUACCGUUGCAAAUGGCAGAAAGGGUAAGGGAGUCGAUGCUAGUCUCUUCCGGUGGGUAAUCGGAGUGGGCUGGGGCGGUUGCGCGGUAGCGGAAGAUGGGCGCGGACGAGAACGACGUGGAGGUAGUGAUAACCUGCUGCUCGAUAGUGCCCAGGGCGCGGUAGCCUAACAGCUUGCAAGCCUGUGCCAAUGUUUUCCUACAAACAUGUGUCCAAAAAGAUUGUGGGGAGAAGUAAAACAAAUAGGUUUGUCGUUUUAUUCGA